AUGUCCACUCGCCUGAGUCGUUGCCUCAAAUCCUUGGAAUCUUCUGGGUUUCUGCGUGCUACACAAAAUGAAGGUAUUUCUAGCAUAGAGCUACUGGAACAUGGUGCUGCCUAUGCCCAAAGGCUUAGGGAGCAAUGGCUCAACAUGCGUCAGCUGGCUGCCAACUUGGGCAGCGUUUCCUCAAAGGAAUUCCUUGAUCAGCAGAAGCAGCAGCGUUUCUCCUUUGUGCAUUCCCAGCAAUUCCAAAAGCAUUUGCAACAGUUGCGCCAAGCCUAUCCCAGCAAAGCCAAGUGUCCCACGCUGCUCAAAUAUCAGCUCAACUGCGCCACCAACUCAAGCUCGGCCUCCUCCUCCAACUCAAUCUUCAAGCAGCAGCAAAAUGCAAAUGUGACCCGACUAAUUACAGAUUUCUUUGUGGAGCCGCAUCGCGGACUGGAACACUUUUAUAAUGUGCAGCGGGAGAGUAAAAUUUGGUGGAUGCGCUACUCCUCCAAUCCCAGUCGUUAUAGCAUUGUGCCAUACACUUCACAAGCAGAACUGGAGCAAAUGCAAGGCUAUCAAGCCAUUGACAUUAAGGCAGGAUUUGGGGAAGCCGGCGAUGUGACUGUGGAGCAGCUCAGCCUGGUGCCUCUGCCCGAUGAAAAGCAUUUCCACUUGCCCGAUGGGCACACUGGACAGCUACAACUGCCCGUCGUCAUACGUUCCAUCAUCGAACUGGAGUCAGCGACAUGUGCUCUUCUGUUAGACGGCUGUGAUCAUGGUAGGGAGACGCAUUCACUGCUCCUAAAUCGCAUGCUGGCACCCUAUCAAUGCAGCAUUGCCGGCAUCCAAAAGACGGAGAAAAGUUCACCAGAUCUGCUCGAUCUUUGCGCGCAUUUGAUGGACGUAUUGCAGCGCUCCCGAUUGCGUCUGCCGGCCAAUGGGUUUGACCUGAUCAGACAACCUGCUGAAUUGGUACAACAGCUCCAGCUUUACGAUUGCCUGGGUGUGCCAUAUGCCCUGCUCCUGAACGAGCAGCAAUCCCUCAGCAAUGGACUGCUCCAGCUGCGCAGUCGCGAUACGCAGCUGGCAGAGACUAUACACAUCAGUGACUUGCCCGACUAUCUGUUAAAUAUAUUUAGAAACUAUUAA